CAGCCAUCAGUCCCAUCACAGAAGAAAUUGGGGUUUUCCCUUUUCCCUCCCAAUUUCAGAUUUCAACCCUAAAAUUUGUUCCCCUUUCGCGCCAGCUUUUGCAAAUCCCAAAUUUCCCCCAAUUUCUUUAACCAUUCCAUUCUUUCCUUCUGCUGUCCCACAUCAACACUUUAUAUAUUUCUAUUUCUGUAUGUGAUCUUUGUCUUUUCCCAUUCACUUCAAUAUAUUCCUUCAAUAUUCCAGAUACGGUUAACGCCAUGCCACGCGGAAGGAAGCGUCAGAGGCCGGAGAGAUCGCCGGGAAUCUCUGAGAGGUUGCCGGAACGUGUAGAAAAAGCGGAGGGGGAUGGAAAAGAGGACGGUUCUGGUGAUAAUAAGGACGGUGGGUGUGAACCAGUCGUGGAGGAUGCGGAGGGGGAAUACGAGGAAGUUAGGGAUUUGGAAGUGGGGAAGGUAGAGAAUGGAGAGAGCUGUGACAAUAUGGGUUUGGAUUUUGAGAAAGAGGGCGAUGAUAGAUUCUCAACAGACGAGAAAGUUCAAGAGAGCGGUGGCGAUACUUUGAAAAAGAGGCUGAGGCGUGUUCCUAAGAAGGUUUAUUAUGAUGAAGAAGAAGGAGAGGAGGAUGAUGGGUCUUUGUCCAAGAGGUCUGGACGAAAGCGUAGAAAGAAGGGAAGAACUUCAAAAAGAGGAGGUGAAGAAGAUACUAACAAUCAGAAAGAGGAUGAUAAUCAAGAGGUUGAAAAGCACGAGAAAGAUGAUAACAGUGAUGCUAUUAGUGCUGAUGAUAAAAAGGUUGCAGUAAAGAAGCGUGGUAGAAGGGGUAGGCAGAAGGGUAAGGUCCCAAAAAUCCAACACAAUGAAGGUAAAGAUGUUAAUGGUGCAGUUCCAGAAGUUGAGGGAGAAGAGGGAAGCGAUGAUUUGGGGGAGGAUAGUACAAAUAAAGAGACUCCGCAUAAGGCAAGGGAGGGUAAGGGUAAGGAAGAAGAGAAGGCUUCUUCGUCAAUGAGCAUGAGGUUCGGUUAUUCACUUAGGGCCUCAAAGCCUUCCACAGUGGAAGAAACAUCAAGAAAUGGAACAAAGAGUGAUCCUGAGGCUAGCCAUCGUCUGAAAGAAGAAUCAUUAAUGUGUCAUCAGUGUCAGAGGAAUGAUAAGGGCAGGGUUGUGAGAUGCAAAAAAUGCAAGCGGAAACGAUAUUGCGUCCCUUGUAUAACUACCUGGUAUCCCAAGACUUCAGAGGAUGACAUUGCUGAAGCCUGCCCAGUUUGUCGGUAUAACUGCAAUUGUAAGGCAUGCUUGCGCAAGGAUGGACCUCUCAAGAAUAAAAACCUAAUGCUUGAGUUUUCAAAGCAUGAGAAAGAUCAGCAUUCUAAGUACUUGCUUCAGGCAGUUCUCCCUUACAUUAAACAAUUUAGUGAAGAACAAAUAACAGAGAAGGAGGUAGAGGCCAAAAUUCGUGGGUCAUCACCAUCAGACAUACAUCCCCAGCAGGCAUUUUGCUCUCCCAAAGAGCGUGUUUAUUGUGACAACUGCAGAACUUCAAUUGUUGACUUUCAUAGAAGCUGUCCUAAAUGCACAUAUGAUCUCUGCCUUAUUUGCUGCCGUGAACUCCGUGAUGGCUGCUUACAGGGUAGUCAAAAGGAAGUAAUCAUGCAAUAUGUUGACAGUGGAUUUGAUUACUUGCAUGGUAAACUUCCACCCUUAAAAAAGGAUAAUUGUGAUGACUUACCUUCAAAAAUUAAUGAUGAAAAACAUGUAAGUGAAAUAUAUCUGUGGAAGGCAAAUGAAAAUGGCAGCAUUCCUUGCCCCUCAAAGGACUUUGGUGGUUGUGGUGAUGGCCUUUUAGAGUUGAGGUGCAUGUUUGAAGAAAAUGCUGUUGUUGAGUUGGUAGGAAAGGCAGAGAGAAUUGCCAUGGCUCUCGAUCUGAAACAGAUGUCUGAGUCUCUUAAGCAGCAGUGUUCUUGUUACAACUCUGUGGGUGAAAUUGAUGUUGAAAAUAAUAAGUUAAGGAAAGCAGCUUCACGAGAAAAUUUGAAUGACAACUAUUUAUAUUGCCCAACAGUUAUGGAUAUUCAGAAUGGAGAUCUGGAGCAUUUCCAAAAACACUGGGCUAAAGGUGAGCCUAUUAUUGUCAGUGAUGUGCUUGACAAUGCUUCUGGUUUGAGCUGGGAGCCGAUGGUUAUGUGGCGUGCUUGUCGUCAGAUUUCAAAUAUCAAGCAUGGUCAACACCUGGAUGAGAAGGCCAUUCAUUGCUUAGACUGUUGUGAGGUUGAAAUCAACAUUCACCAAUUCUUUAAAGGGUAUACGGAUGGUAUGUCUGAUAGAGUGUCAUGGCCAACACUACUGAAAUUGAAAGACUGGCCCCCAUCUGAUAAAUUUGAAAAACGACUUCCACGCCACUAUGAUGAGUUUGUUUAUUGUUUGCCAUUUAAGGAGUAUACACAUCCUCAGUAUGGUGCUCUGAAUCUUUAUACUAAAUUGCCUGAAAAUUCUCUAAAGCCAGACAUGGGGCCUAAGACUUAUAUUGCUUAUGGAGUUCCUCAAGAGCUUGGGCGAGGGGAUUCUGUCACUAAGCUUCACUGUGAUAUGUCUGAUGCGGUGAAUGUUCUGACACAUACUGCUGAAGUGAAACUUCCAGCUAAACAUCUUGAAAUCAUAAAGAAUUUGAAAAAAAGGCAUCAUGCACAGGAUCAGAAAGAGUUUUUUGGAAUUGAUGUAGAGGUUGAAAUGACGAAGCCCACUGAUCAAGCUGAUGGCAACCCUACCAGUGAUAAUCAAUCUGGUGAUGAAGGUGGUAGCCAAGAGAAUGGUGAAGAUGAUAAAGUUUCUGAACAAAUGUUUGCGGGAUCAGAAGUUGCUGAUGGAGGUGCUGUCUGGGACAUUUUCCGGAAAGAAGAUGUUCCUAAGCUGCAAUGUUAUCUUAAGAAGCAUUUUAGGGAGUUCAGGCAUAUUCAUUGUAAUCCAAUAUCACAGGUUGUUCACCCUAUACAUGAUCAGACAUUUUUCCUUACUAUGGAGCAUAAAGCCAAGCUUAAGGAGGAAUAUGGAAUCGAACCGUGGACUUUUAUUCAGAAAGUUGGGGAUGCUGUGUUUAUUCCUGCAGGCUGUCCCCAUCAAGUAAGGAAUGUUAAGUCAUGCAUAAAGGUUGCACUUGAUUUUGUUUCACCUGAGAACCUUGGUGACUGCUUUCGUAUAACAGAAGAAUUUCGUGUACUUCCACACAAUCAUAGGGCUAAAGAGGACAAACUGGAGGUGAAGAAAACAACACUGCAUGCACUUUGUGAGGCUGCGAAUUAUUUAGAUCAAAACACUAAGGUUGAGCUUAAACUUCGGGGCAAGGAGAAAAAUGGUUGAGCUUAAUCUUCCACUCUGGUGUAGGCAUUGUUGGGUCUUUUGUUCAGGGUAUUUAAUUUACAUAUGUAAAAGAUGGAUCUUCUCAGCACAAUUUUGUGUGGCUGCAACUACUAAUCUAUUGGCAAGUGAUUUGGGACAAUAGUUUUGAUGUAAUAUUGAAUUGCCAAAGUGCUGAGUUGGUAUCUGUAUCUGUACUGGUAAUUCUCAAGUAAGAGUAGGCAAAGGGAUUUAUUUAAUUAGUUUUUGGUCUCAGCGUGGCAUAUAUCUUUUUAAUUGAUUCAAAAUUAAGAGGGGAGAGGGAAGCUUGCUGUAAAGAUCUCAUUUGCCAUUUCUUCUCCAAACUUGAUGUGAAAAAUAUGUCAUUUUACUUUCACACGAAAAUCAAAAUGCAGGAGCGUU